UCCCUGUCUCUCAAUUAUUCUAUUCAAUUCUGAAUUCUGAAUUCUCGCUGUAUUUCGCUAACGUUCACCCUCUCGGCCAUCGCGGUCCCCAGCGAUGUCGUAUUGCGACGUCGGAACGAAUCAAGCGACCGCCGACGCCCACCUUAGCAAUGAGAUUAAGAUAUUUUAUCGAACUUAUGGUCAUGGACCUACUAAAGUUCUCCUCAUCAUAGGAUUAGCCGGGACACAUGACUCGUGGGGCCCUCAAAUCAAGGCACUGACGGGAACCGUCUUGCCCAAUGAAGAUGACUCCGGUGACGCUGAUUGGAAUUCGGCUGAUCAGCGAUGCGGAGCUGACAAUGAGAGUGGUGGUGGUAUCGAGGUUUGCGCGUUUGAUAACCGCGGUAUGGGUCGGAGCUCCGUACCUACCAAGAAGUCCGCCUAUACGACAAAGAUCAUGGCUAAUGACGCGAUUGCUUUAUUAGAUCAUCUGGGAUGGAAAAAAGCCCAUGUUUUUGGGCAUUCAAUGGGAGCUAUGAUAGCAUGUAAAUUAGCAGCAAUGGCGCCUGAUAGAGUUCUCUCGUUAGCAUUGCUCAAUGUAACAGGUGGAGGUUUUGAAUGCUUUCCAAAGUUAAACCGACAAACAUUCUCCAUUGCUUACCGUUUCUUAAAAGCAAAGACUCCUGAACUUAGAGCUGCUGUUGACUUGGACACCCACUACUCGAAGGAAUAUCUUGAGGAAUAUGUUGGAAAUGAAAAGAGGAGAACGAUCUUAUAUCAGCAAUACGUUAAAGGUAUAUCAGCAUCUGGGAUGCAAUCAAAUUAUGGUUUUGAGGGCCAGGUCAACGCUUGUUGGAGACAUAAAAUGACUCGUUCUGAGAUUGAGUUGAUAAAAUCUGCGGGUUUUCUCGUUUCAGUCAUACAUGGCAGGUUUGAUGUAAUUGCUCAGAUAUACUAUGCAAGAAGAUUAGCAGAGAGGCUGUACCCAAUGGCUAGAAUGGUGGAUCUUUUUGGAGGUCAUUUAGUAAGUCACGAGAGAACCGAAGAGGUCAAUCAGGCACUUCUUGACUUGAUCAAGGCAUCAGAAGUAAAGAUGAACCCAGAAGAUUGGACUAAUUUGUCUAAGAAAACUUCUUGGUGGACAGAGAAAAGGACGUUAUUUUUAAGUCCAAACAUCCAGGGAGGAAGCGCCUCCGUAAAGUGUUGCGUCUUAGAAAAAUUGCAUCUCUUUCUUAUAUUUCUCUUCAGUCUGCUCCUUUUGGUAUUUGAGUAUGGAAGAAAGCUUCUAAAAACUGUGGUCAAGCCAGUUCGAGUUGCAAGUUCCGCCUCCUAAGUUGAGGGUCAAUGACCCGUUGCUUUUUGAUCUAACGGGUAAUUAUGCCUAUUCCUCUGCAUAUAUAUCAAUGAUGCGAAAUAAUUAUUAUCUGUAUCUAAAGGUUUCUUUUAACUGCAGGUAUUUAAUCAAACAUGGCCAAAUCGGUCAUACCCAAAAAAGACAUCACACAUGUAGCCAGCAGAAAGAAGGCUCAUGUAUAAGGCGAUGUUUGUCAAGUUUCAUCUGGGGAAAACGCAAAGGUUUUCUGAAGUUUCAAUGCCCGAGCUUAGACGGAAUCCUUUCAGGCCCUUAAUUUGAGUCCUGGGCAUAACACUAACGUAUUCUUUCAUUUGCUACAAGGCGAAUUCCUGAAGCUUUGUAAACAGAUGAGGUGAAAAAAAGGCGGGAUGACCCACUUUCUCUUUGUUGUAUGUACACUACUUGAAAUCUUGAAUGAUAAAUUUAUAUACAAGCAUGUUAUGUUUCGUGACUUGGAAA